ACCAAGCACUUAGGCUUCACAUUUGCGAACAUUCUCCAAAAUGUCAAGCAUGGCAUGCUCGGACUUCUCGGGUGCUGAGCUUUCCGGCCACGAGCCAUUCGUACUCCAGGCUCGUAUUCCUGAUGGACACCACCAGUUUCUCGCUUCCGACUUGUUUCAGGAUCAUCGUGCGCCGCAGCCGAAGGGCGACGCCCACGCGACCAUUGCGACACCGCCGCUGGCGUUCGCGGUGCGGCGGCGCGACCCGGAGCUCGUUGGUCCGGCCGCGCCGACGCCAGGUGAAACCAAGCGUCUCUCUGACAUCGACGACCAGGGUACGCUGCGCGGUCACGUUUCGUUCGCUCUCGUCUACCGCGGCCGCGUGCCGGAGGACGGCGACUUCGCGCAGGGCGACCCGGUGAGCGUCAUCCGACGCGCGCUCGGCGAGGCACUGGUGCAUUACUACCCGCUGGCCGGGCGGCUGAGGGAGGUGGAGGGGCGGAAGCUGGUGGUGGACUGCACCGGUGAGGGGGUGCUGUUCGUGGAGGCCGACGCCGACGUGAGGCUUGCGGAGCUGGAGCUCGGCGCCGGGCUCAGGCCGCCGUUCCCGUGCAUGGACCAGCUGCUCUUCGAUGUGGAGGGCUCCAGCGGCGUGCUCGGCUGCCCGUUGCUGCUAAUCCAGGUGACUCGACUGCUCUGCGGUGGCCUCGUCCUCACACUCCGGCUCAACCACACCAUCUGCGACGCCAUCGGCAUCGCCCAGUUCCUGAAUGCCGUCGCGGAGUUCGCCCGCGGCCUCCCGCUGCCGACCGUGGUGCCCGCUUGGUCCCGCGAUCUCCUCGAGGCGCGCAGCCCGCCUUCGCCGUCUUUCCCGCACCGCGAAUACAAUCAUGUUCCGCUGCCACCGCCACCGCCGUCAGCGGCGGACGACGACAUGGUCAUGCGUUCCUUCACUUUUACUUCCGCUGACAUUGCCGCGAUCAAGAAACGCCUCCCUCCUCUCCUCCGCGAUACGGCCACCAGCUUCGAGGUGCUCACGGCGUCCCUCUGGCGUGCCCGCACCGAGGCGCUCGAGAUCCCGCAGGGCCAGGACGCGUGGCUGGUCUUCAUCGCCAACUUCAGGGCCUUCCCGGAGCUGAGCCUGCCGGCAGGGUACUAUGGCAACGCGUGCGUGCCCCCGACUGCGCUGACAGAUGCCGCCACGCUGCGCCACGGCUCGAUCGGCGACGCGGUGGCGCUAGUGCGGCAGGCCAAGGCCACGGUGACGGCCGAGUACGUGCGUUCCACUCUCGACGUGCUGGUGCUGCGGGGACGGCCGUGCCUGGCUGUGCACAACGUGUUCGCCGUGUCAGACAACCGGCACGCCGGGUUUAGCCGCGUGGACUUCGGGUGGGGCAAGCCGGUGUACGGCGGCCCUGCCGAUACUAUCUUCGGCGUGGGCUUCUUUGUCGCCGCCAAGGACAGGGACGGGAAGGAUGCGGUCGUGGUGCCGAUCGUGCUACCGCGGCCGGCCAUGGAGCGGUUCGCCGCGGAGGUGGGCAAGCUUUGCAAGGCAUAGAUUGUGGCAUGGCAGUCCGCUUAUCACAUUAGGAUUUAGCUUAUACUUCUAUCUCUCGACGCAGAGACAGGAGAUCAAAAGCUCGCUCAAGACUUGAGCACGCCAGAAAAAUAAGCAAGUGCGUCUUCGUUUGAAAAAACAGAGACAAAUUAUCUGAUAUUGCAUCUCAUACUGCUUAUAU